CUCCAGUCCUAACGCUAACGCUUUAGGAUCCAACGAUGACGAGAACCAUUAUGAUUCGGUCUCUCUACUUGCUCGUUUUCGGAAAAUUGUUUCCUCAUUUUCAGUAUGAUGGAAUCCUGCUGGGUUCUGCGCUCUCUUCUAAUCAAGGAGCAACAUCUGCGAAAUAUAAUGCUGGUGCUAAUGUUGCUGUUGGUGCAAGAGUAAACGAAGAUGUUGAAGACGGUGGUGUGAAAACUGGUGAAGGUGGCGGGGAGGUGAAAAGAACCGAAGAUAGCACGACUGUGAAAAUUACAGAAGAUGGCACAACUGUGAAAGCAGAUGAACAAGAAGGUGACAACAUUCCAGCUGCUGAGUUUACAAAGUCCAGUGGUCACAAUUACUUUAGAAAGGCAGCGAAAAAUCAUGAACAACCUGAUGAACAAGGCAACAACUACGUCAACUCUACGUUUCUACACGUAACGGAGUCAGAGUCAGCUUCACCUGCAGCUCCUAGACCUGCAGCUCCUAAACCUGCAGCUCCUAAACCUGCACCUGCUCAACCUGCACCUGCUAAAUCUGGAGCUCCUAAACCUGCAGCUGCUCAAUCUGCACCCGCUACACCUGCGAGUGCUCAACCUGCAGCUCCUAAACCUGCAGCUCCUAAACCUGCAGCUACUAAAACUGCACCCGCUACACCUGCGAGUGCUCAACCUGCAGCUCCUAGACCUGCAGCUCCUAAACCUGCAGUUGCUCAACCUGCACCUGCUACACCUGCACCUGCUACACCUGCGAGUGCUCAAUCGGCAGCUCCUAAACCUGCAGCUCCUAAACCUGCAGCUUCACUUUCAGCUAAGGCCUCAGCUCCACUUCCAGCUUCAGCAACAGGAAAAGCACAAACAGGCACGGCCGCACGUGGAUCAGCUUCAACACCAUCUCCUGCAGGAAAAGCAGCGGACUUAG